AUGGGCGGAGCUUCAAAGUCUUCCGACUACAAAGAUAAGAAGAGGGACACAUCUCCUCCUACUUUCAUCAAUAAACCUUCUAAGACUACCACCGAUAGCCCUAAAAUCCCAUCGCGUCCACUUACACCCCACUCUUCUUCCAUUCAAGACAACAAGGCGCAUUUGGAAUAUCAGACUGCAGGCCCUGGAUUUGAUCACACUGUCGCGAACGUACCUGGCAUCGGAUUAGUUUACAACGGUGGAUAUCGUAACCUAGUGCACGGCACGAAUCCCGCAGCUGGUCCCCAACCCGAAGUGCAUCAUCAAACUCCUGGAAUUGUCCCCCCUCCAGUUCUGCCACCUGGUUUUCCCCAGACGCCUACUCAAUCCUUUCCUCAAUUUGGUCCUGUUAGCAGCAGCCAAGUUCCAGCCAUGGCCGCUUUCAUGCCCAACCAGGGCCAGCACUUCCAGCCCCCCGUGCCUGACACUACCUACGGACCUAUCCCGCAUACUUACCACCCCCGUUCCGACCAGCCCGCUCCUGGCGCUCCUGGCCAGUAUGUCAUGAUUGAAGGCCAGCUCUACGUUGUUGCUGCUAGCCCUCCUGGCAAUGCCCAGGUUCAAUUUAUGCCCAUGCAACAGCAGCCGCCGCCCGGUGCCGGUACACCUAUCAUAAUCCAGCAGGCACCCCAGCCGUCCCAGUCACCCAUCUUCAUUCAAUGCCAGCCGGGUCUCCCUGCGGCUCCGGUGGCCGCCCCGCCCGCCGCAUUUCCUGCUAUGAUGCCCCCCCACGGCGUCACGGGCCCCGGUUCUGCUCCGGACGUGAUGGGAAUUGGCAAGACUGCAACUGAGAUCCAAUUGGAGCAGUACCACACAGCUCUUAACACCGGAGCUCUUGAGGGACAGGACAUCGCCCCUGCCGAUCCUGAUCCAUCUCGCAUGUACUAUUGCCGAGAGCUUGACGGUGCAUACACUCUCCGCAACCGUUACUGUAUUGACAACAUGGGUGACUGUCGCUGGUAUGUCAAGCCUGGUGGCAUUUUCUACGCUGUCCGCUUGGCCGACUAA